CAACAUUGCACCUCACUACCACAUUCUCUGCAGAAGCAGUUGAUUACAUCAGCUCCCAUCACAGAUCCUGUUCCUGCUUUCCAAGAUGUGGCGAUCCAAUCACAACAAGUUCAUUUAUGUCGGUAUUGUUUCGUUAGCUCUAUAUAUCUAAUAUUUACAAAACUAGGGACAGACAUAUUGUCUACCCUCUUUCUCACUUUUAGACACAUUCAAACUGCAAACAAAACACACGAUCACCAAUCGCACAGUAAUCUAUGAGAUAAUAAAACAAAUCGAUAAAUCCAUGAAAUACAUGAACAUGUCAUCCGGGUGUAUAUAACGAAUUGUUUCCGCGGGUCGACCCGCAAAGCGCCGAGGCCUGACGAAAGAGGAGGGAGCAUCGGUUCGCGAUAUGGCGUCGUCGGGCAAAGGGUAUCGCUUCCGUGACCCAAGUGGUAUAAAUCACAGAGCACCCAUCUCCUCAAGAGUGAUUCAAACUUUGCCCCCGUGAGGGUCUAACCUAUAUGCAACAUGCACACAUAGUCUCUACCAGUUUGUCAAACUGAAGGUAAGUGUCCUAGAUCCGAGUCCAGGCAUUCAGCAGUUGAAUAAAGGUAAGCAAGAAUGAUUGGCAAAGUGCGAAGUGUGAAUGCACGAAUGAAAGAACAACUCCGCGAUGCCUAAACAACAAGAGACAUGCUGUUUGUUAAACUACGUUUACAAGUACUACAUUUAGCGGUGUAGCAAAUAGCAUGUGUCUUCCGGGUGUAUAAAGUAUACAGCAAGGUCUUCAUUCCAGCAACGACGACUCCAGCACCAACACCUGCAACAACAACUCCAGCCACAACACCUUCAACAACGAAUCCUGCAUCAGCAGGUCCAGCAAGCGCACCUCCCUCAACCACGACACAUGCCCCGACAGCUCCUUCCGGUCCUCUCCCGGAAGUGAACCUGGGACAAAACUGCAGCUAUGCCCUCUGCGCUCCUGUCAACAGCGCAUGCGUUACGAAGGUGGACAGCGUCAGAACCUGCGAGUGCGUGAAUAAACAUCUACAAAUGAAUUCAGCAUUCUGCAAAAGGGCUCCUGAUGAAGUCACCAAGGCAGCCUCAUUCACCUUCAAUGUAUCCACAGAAUUUACUGGCGAUGUGGCAGCUAUAUCCUUUGAUGGCCUCUUGGAAUUCCCGCGUAAUUUUUUUACCUUGAAAGUUGAUAUAAUCCCAAGAGACGAAAAUCUACUACUGACCACAUCAUCUGAUAAAGUAACGCUUACACUCACGGCUCCCUUGCAAAAGUCAACAACAUCAGCUCUGACCAUGACUGCUUCCACUGCGAGGCAUACCGUCACAGAUACUGACACUGUCACCAUAAUGGUAAGCAAAACACUAAUACAACGAGCACGGAACAUUACGAUGUUCGUAGUCCAGGGCACAAGAAGAAACACUUUGAUCGCGGAUGUCAGAGCGCAGGGAUUCGAGUUUGAAAACGGAGCAUAUACUUUCUCUAUUGAAUCUUCAGAUGAAGCCAAACUGUUUUUUAGUGUGGAUGAACACAGUGGCAGGGUGGUAUGCCGACAAGACAUCAUUAUACAGUCAGAACAGACAGUUGCACGGGAGUACAUAUUGAAGGUUGUCGCUACAUCUGGAUCUGCACCCGUGGAUCUUAUCCGGGCAAAUAUCUUGGUGCUCAAACAUCAGUUUGAGACAUCUGUCAACGAGAACGAAAAGGGCGUUAUCAUGCGGUAUGAGCUCCAAAGUGAUAGUUUUAGAAUAACUUCACAUGAUUUGCCAUCUGACAUCAACAACGCCCAGGGUGUUUUUCAGCUGACGUCCUCUAGAGACUAUGAAGGGGACUUUACAAGAAGUACCUUUUCUCUUCAUGUCCAGACGAGCGAAACAAUACCUAGGCAAACAUAUAUUUCAGUUACUUUGAACAUCAAUGAUUUGAACGAUGAAGCGCCGCGGUUUCAUAUACCUUCCUAUGAAUUCACAAUUCUUGCUGGAUCCUACGCUGGUACUAUUAUCGGCAGCGUGAGCAGCAACGACCCCGACAGUGUUGGCCGGACGCAUUACACCACAGAAGGAAUGUACAAAGACUGGUUUCAUGUUGAUCCAUCAGGUACAAUUAAAUCGAAGGUGGAGCUAAGAAAGGAACAGUUUGGGGAAAGGUUUAGUAUAAGCAUUACGGCCAACGAUGGACAACAAACAUCUCGCUCUAAAGCCGUUGUCAAUGUCAACCUUAUCACUAUUUACCAAGAAGCUGAAAAUCUGCAUUUGAACUUCACUGUUCAAAUUCCUGAAGAGGAACCAGCUGGACGUUGGGUAACUGAUGUCAACACUACUGACUACAGCAACUAUCGUUUCAACAGUAAGCAUGCUGAGCAGCUGUUCAACCUCAAUUCAACAACGGGACAAAUAACAACAAAACGACCGCUUGACAGGGAGAGCCUUGACGCUUCGUAUGCCUUCUUUGAUAUGCAGGCUAGCAAGGACAACGAAGAUCAAUGUACUCUUGUGACACUUGGGCGACUAGUCUACGAACUGCAAGAUAUAAACGACAAUUAUCCAAUGUUCAGUCGUACGAGAUACAGCGGGGAGGUUCCAGAAAACUCACAACCUUACAACGAUGUAUCCGGUUUGAUAAACCUCCAUGCCUCUGACGCUGAUAUCCGUGAAAACGCAAGACUGACUUUUACGCUAACCGGCAACGGAAGUGACUAUUUCAAUGUAGUUAAUUAUACAAAUAAUAACGUCAAAGUCAUAGUGGGAAAACCUGGUCUCGAUAGAGAACUAAUGUCUUCUUAUCUUAUUACUCUUACAGCAACUGACAAUCCAGUCGACCCAAACGCCAGGAAUAGUAAUUCUACUCUCCUUAAUAUUACAAUUUUGGAUGAAAACGAUAAUGAUCCCGUUUGUGAUGACUGGCCCACUACGUUGUACGUCCUUGAAAACGUUGGUUCCGAAUUACUUACGACCCUAACUGCUACAGACAGAGAUGAAGGACCUAAUGCUGAUAUUAUUUAUAGUGUACAUGGGGGAGGAUGGACAUUUUCUGUUGAACGUCAAGAAGGAAAGGUGUACAAAAACCAUCCAAUUGAUCGCGAAAGUUUCGAUGUAAUACAGUUAACGUUUGAGGCAAGGGAUAAGGGCAUUCCUUCGAGAAGCUGUGAAAGGAACGUCACAAUAAACAUAAAUGAUACCAAUGACAACGCACCUAUGUUUGAAAAUGGCAUCAGUUAUAUUGUGAUUAAUAGACCCGAGGAACAGGAUUGUUCCAAGUUAAAUAUAAUGAUUACAGCAACAGAUCCUGACAAAGGAUUAAACGGAACGGUUGAAUAUUCGCUUAACAACACAAAGUUUUCUAUUAACAAAGUUACCGGAGAUAUAACAUGUAAUUCAGCUCUUGACUAUGAACGCGAGAACACCCACGAGCUUGUAGUUAUUGCCACGGAUAAAGGCGAUGAGCCAAUGAGCUCUUCUCUGACCGUUGUGAUUCAAGUCCAGGAUAUCAAUGAUAAUGCCCCAGCUUUCUCAAAACAGUUUUACAAUGUCAGCAUCCUACCUAGCGAAUGGGUUGAUGGCAAACCGAUUCUUGUCAUGAAGGUAUCGGAUAAGGAUUCUGGACUAAAUGGAAACAUUGUUUUAAGCCUUAACAACUACAGGGAGACGUUUAAUGUAACUUCUGGCACAAAUGGCGUACUAAGAAUAAAGGGUCUUGCACCAUCUGUUGGAACUGUGUAUAACUUUAGCAUAACUGCGACAGAUAAGGGUCACCCCCCAAAUACCAACACGACCCUCGUACAGGUACGUGUGAGGCAAGAUGAGGGCAAAAAUCCCAUACAGUUCAAUACUACAGAAUUUCAGUUUGAUUUGGAAGAGGAAACGAACAACACAGGAACCGUUAUUGGACAAGUGCAAGCUGAGGUAUCCGUAGGAGCUGCAAGUUAUCAAUUUGUAGAAGGAUAUAAAGAUAACUUUUGGAUGAAUUCUAGCACUGGAGAAAUAUUUUGCGACGCCAUUUUGGAUAGAGAGGAAACCGGAUGGUACAAGCUGGUGGUACGGGCCUUACCACGGUCAGGAGGCCAGGGUGGCGACGUGGCCAUUGUUACUGUAAAUGUUCGUGACAUCAACGACAACCACCCGGUCUUUAAGGUUCCUCAAAAACAUUUGGUCUUCCAAAUCGCUGAAGAUGCCGACAUCGACAUUGGCAUAGCCUAUAUAUCAGCCAAUGACCCCGACGAAGGCAUCAAUGGAACGUUAACAUACAGUAUCUGGAACAAGGACGAACAGACCCCAUUUGUAAUUGAAGAACUGCAUGGUCAAGUGAAGACGAGUGCCAGGUUAGACAGAGAAAGGACACCAAGUUACACUUUGACUAUUCAAGCCAAGGACGGCGGAAAUCCGUCUCUGUCGUCUGUUACCAAUGUCACAAUCCUCGUACUAGACAUAAACGACAAUGCUCCAAUAUUCAGCUCAGGAUCCUACACCAAGACCAUUAAGGAAAAUGCACCUCGCAGUACUUUGCUUGACGACUCUGAUGUUUUUGCAACUGAUCUCGACUACAACGACAACGGCACCGUUACAUACGUCAGCAAAACUACGCUUGUCAGCAACACGACGAUCAGAUGUCCUUUCCGUCUGACAGAUAAAUAUAACAAAACAACGAACGAAGUGGUAGGCGUGAUGGCUGUUGACGACUCCAUUGACUACGAGACGACCCCUGUGUAUGAGUGCUACGUCACCGCGGUGGAUAUGAGUCGCUGUUCUGGUGAUAUGUGCAAGUCUCGCUUAACGGGGACAGCAACCGUUACAGUCAACGUCCUAGACGUCAACGACAACACACCCACUUUCGAAGCAGCGCCAUACAACACCAACGUGACACGGGACAGCCCGAUCGAGUCUCUUGUUACUGAUGUCAUCAAAGCUACAGAUGAAGAUUCGGACGGCAAUGGCAUAGUCCGCUACAACAUCACAGAUGGUAUCGGGUCCACUUUCUUCAGGAUAAAUACCAUGAGCGGCGAUUUGUACAUUUUGAAGGACUUGUCCAGUCUUGACCAAGACAUAGUCACCCUCACAGUUGAAGCUCGCGACAGUCCAAUCGAUGACGAACAACGCCAGGCGACGACCACGAUCACCAUAGAAAUACUAGACGACAAUCCUCGACCCUGGUUUCCAAAGGCUCAGACCAUGCAGAUCAGGGAAGAGGAGAGCCCUGACGGAACCAGUCUGAACAUGACGGCUUUAGAUCGAAAACACGGGGAGGUUACCAUUUGCAACUGUACUUACGAGCUGACGUCAGAUUUUUCCAGUUUCUUUAUUAUCAACAAGACAACAGGAGAUUUUAGACAGACUGCAAAACUAAACAGAGAGUCUACCGGAAGCACAGUUAGAAUAGGGAUCAAGGCCUCUGACGAUGGCGAUCCACCCAAGACCGAAACUGCAUUUAUCACCAUCAACGUAAUCGACAUCAACGACAACAGGCCCUACUUUAACAAAACAUUACGGUCGCAAACUUUUUCCGUUACCCAGACUGCUCCUGUUGGUAGCCUGAUUGGCCACGUGGUGAGUAUUGAUGAAGAUGAAGAUCGCAACUCCAUCACUUCCUAUGAAACCCUUAAAACCGAUGAGAGGAUAUUGCUACAUGAAAAUGGUACUAUCGUCGUCAACAAAUCCCUCAUCAAUCACGAGAAGGAGCUUUAUAAAAUCGAGUUUUCAGUGAGUGCGAGGGAUAGUCUUCCUCUGGAGUGGUCGUCAGAUACGGAAAAUGCGUCCUACCAGUCUACACUGGUGUCGAUAUCUGUUCAUUACAGAGACCCGAAUGAACACCCACCUACAUUUAUUAAAGCUCUAUACAGUACACAAGUAGACUUUACAAGUCGGAAAGGAACCGAAGUAAAACCAGCUGACUUCAAAGCUGUUGAUAAAGACGGGGACAACAUAUCCUAUGCUAUAAUACACGGAAACGUCAGGGAUAUCAUCGUCAUGUCCUCGGAAUCAGGACUGAUGACACUCCAGUAUGAUCUGGACAGCACAAUCGAUGAACUCAUAAAUUUGACAGUUACAGCAACCGACAAUGCCAGCUAUCCGAAAACAGGCACGUGUCAAGUGUUGAUCACACUGAAGGACAUGGAAGACACGCAGUGUAUCCCACAGAAGGAAUACAGUCGGUUGGGGGAGGACAGCGAGCUGAAGACAACGUUCAUGACUCUGUUUGGUGUAAUGACUGCUCUUCUGGUUCUUGCUGUAAUUACAGUCUUGCUCAGCUGUUACAAGUGGCGCGUUUCAUCGAAGGAAGUUGAGCAGUACAAGCAAAAAGGCAACAGGUACAGUUUGGUCGACAAGGACCGUCAAUCAAAGCAUGGUCAAACUUACGAAGGAUUGCAAGCAUAUGUCCAAGAAACACAACAUGAUUACCGACACCAUGAAACAAGAGACUUUUCUUCUCCAGAUGGCGUGAUAAAUCCUGCAUACGCACGGGCUCCGACUGGGACGAACCUUCGUGGACGCCAGGUAUGCAGGCCUCCUUCAGAACCGGUGCCGGAUUACGACACGCCAGUAGUAGAUACAGACUCAGUGGAACUCGAAGAUGUGUUUCGUCAACACAGAGAUCACAAUAAUUAAGCAGGAACACAAAGUGAAUGAGAGGGUAUGGAUUUACGUCGCUUUCAACAACAUUCCAACAAUUACGUACACCAAAAAGGAACGCAAAUGGGGACACAGUAGUCGAAAAGGCACAUGACGACCAAGAGGACACGAUCGUCGAAAAGUAACAUCAAGAGGAUACAAUAGUUGAACGUUAAUAUCAAUAGGAUACAAUAGUUGAACGUUAACAUCAAGAUGAUCUAAUAGUUGAACGUUAACAUCAAGAGGAUACAAUAGUUGAGCGUUAACAUCAAGAGGACACAAUAGUUGAACGUUAACAUCAAUAGGAUACAAUAGUUGAAAUUUAACAUCAACAGGAUACAAUAGUUGAACGUUAACAUCGCGAGGACACAAUAAUUGAACGUUAACAUCAAUAUGAUACAAUAGUUGAACGUUAACAUCAAUAGGAUACAAAAGUUGAACGUUAACAUUAAUAGGAUACAAUAGUUUAACAUUAACAACAAGAGGACACAAUAGUUGAACAUUAACAUCAAGAGAACACGAUAAUUGAACGUUAACAUCAAGAGGAUACAAUAGUUGAAUGUUAGCAUCAAGAGGACACAAUAGUUGAAUGUUAACAUCAAGAGGACACAAUAGUUGAACGUUAACAUCAAUAGGAUACAAUAGUUGAAUGUUAACAUCAAGAGGACACAAUAGUUGAAUGUUAACAUCAAGAGGACACAAUAGUUGAACGUUAACAUCAAGAGGAUACAAUAGUUGAACGUUAACAUCAAGAGGAUUAAAUAGUUGAACGUUAACAUCAAGAGGACACAAUAGUUGAACGUUAACAUCAACAGGAUACAAUAGUUGAAAGUUAACUUUAAGAGGGCACAAUAGUUGAACGUUAACAUCAAGAGGAUACAAUAGUUGAAUGUUAACAUCAAGAGGACACAAUAGUUGAACGUUAACAUCAAGAGGAUCAAUAGUUGAACGUUAACAUCAAGAGGACACAAUAGUUGAACGUUAACAUCAAGAGGAUGAAAUAGUUGAACAUAACUUUAAGAGGGCACAAUAGUUGAACGUUAACAUCAAGAGGAUACAAUAGUUGAACAUUAAUCUUAAGAG